AUGCCCAACAGCACCUCCUUCAGUGAGUUCCUCCUCCUGGCAUUUGCAGGCACAUGGGAACUGCAGCUCUUGCACUUUUCGCUCUUCCUGGGCAUCUACCUGGCUGCCCUCCUGGCCAACGGCCUCAUCAUCACAGCCAUAGCCUGCAGCCGCCUCCUCCACACCCCCAUGUACUUCUUCCUCCUCAACCUCUCCCUCCUUGACCUUGCAUCCAUCUCCACCACUGUUCCCAAAUCCAUGCACAAUUCCCUCUGGAACACCAGAGACAUUUCCUACUUAGGAUGUGCUGCCCAGGUGUUUUUCUUCUUUUUCUUAUAUUCAGCAGAGUUUUCUCUCCUCACAGUCAUGGCCUAUGACCGCUACGUUGCCAUCUGCAGACCCCUGCACUACGGGACCAUCAUGGACGGCAGAGCUUGUGUCAAAAUGGCAGCAGCUGCCUGGGCCAGUGGCUUUCUCAAUGCUUUCCUGCACGCUGGGAACACAUUCUCACUACCCCUUUGCCAAGGCAAUGUGGUGGAGCAGUUCUUCUGUGAAAUCCCCCAGAUCCUCAAGCUCUCUUGCUCAGACUCCUACCUCAGCGAAAUUGGGCUUCUUAUGUUUAGUGGCUGUUUAUCAUUGGGAUGUUUCAUUUUCAUUGUGGUGUCCUACAUGCAGAUCUUCGCUGCUGUGCUGAGGAUCCUCUCUGAGCAGGGCCAGCACAAAGCCUUUUCCAUGUGCUUCCCUCACCUGGCUGUGGUCUCCCUGUUUCUUUGCACCUCAUUUGUUGCCUACUUGAAGCCCCCCUCCAUCUUCUCCGCAGCUCUGGAUCUGGUUGUGGCUGUUCUGUAUGUGGUGGUGCCUCCAGCAGUGAAUCCCCUCAUUUACAGCGUGAGGAAUAAAGACCUCAAGGUUGUCUUGAGGAAAGUGAUUUCAUGUAGAUUUUUCAGUAGUGGUAGUAUUGCCUUUGGCCCCCCAAAAUGA